UCUGUUUGUUUAAAGGCUGGCAAGCUAAAGGACUCUUCUCUUCUUACCGUUAAUGCCAGUCCUGCUCUGUGUAUAAGGACCUAAAGAAGCCGAACAGCAGAGAGUGGAUCUACAUGAGACAUCUAUCAGGCCUGGUACGAGUCCCUUCUUCUGCACUGUAACUUCCUCCAUUCCUGCUGUGCCUCUGUGCCAUGGUACAUCUGAACGUAAAAGUUACAACAUGAGCAUCACUUCAUCCGCCACCCUGGACAGCCAGCUGACCUCUACCUGGGGCCCCUCCAACUCCUACCCUGAUGUUUCAAUGGUGAUGUCUGGUUACUCGAGCCGCCUGUGGCCUCGGGACUCACAGCCUCAGUUCUGGACGAAAUUCCAGGUGUGGGAGUGGCUGCAGCAGAUCAUGGACAUGCACCAGAUCGACGCCUCCAGCAUUCCCUUCCAAAAUUUCGACAUUGACGGCCAUCAGCUCUGCAGCUUGAGCUACCAGGACUUUAUCCGUGCUGCCGGCAGCGUUGGGCCUAUCCUGUUCCACAGCAUCACAGAGCUCAAGUGGGGUGGUGGACAGUACCAUGUGGACAUCGCACAACUGGACCUCAAACCAGAAUUCGACUUCUCCUGUCCUUUUCCAGAUGUCAGUUAUCCUCCUGGAGAUAUCUACGAUCCCUCAAUCCACCUGGCACCUGUUGCCUCACCCACUCCGUCUAGUCCUGAUAUUAAAAGAAUUGUCAGUCGUCCUCAUCAGCUACGAAAACACAACCCAAGAGGGACUCACUUGUGGGAGUUUAUCAGGGACAUUCUGCUAAACCCAGAGAGAAACCCAGGGCUCAUAAAAUGGGAGGACCGGACAUCAGGUGUUUUCCGUUUUCUGAAGUCAGAGGCUGUGGCACAGCUGUGGGGCAAGAAGAAGAAUAACAGUAGCAUGACCUAUGAGAAACUAAGUCGAGCAAUGAGGUAUUACUACAAAAGAGAGAUCCUAGAGCGAGUAGACGGGCGCAGGCUGGUUUACAAGUUUGGAAAAAAUGCACGAGGUUGGAGGGAGUCGGAGAAAUGACACGGAGUAAUGAAUGCUUUCUUCUAUGCAUAUUUGCAGCUUUAACUGACUGUUUUGGUGAAGAUUGAUAUGCACUGUAUACAUACUGUAAAUAAUUGUGUGUUUUCUCAUAUUAUCUGCUCGUGUUCAUCCCUUUGUUGUGACACUGCACUGAGACACUCUUCACUGUGCUUUAUUAAGGCAGACCUAUUACUGCAUGCAAACACUGUCAAGUUUGACUGUUUACAUAAGAUCGCAAUAAAGAAAGGACAUCAAACCACCAUACAUCUACAUUUAACAUAUGAAUACAUUAUAUUAUUCUUUUCCAUACAUCCCACAUGUGAAAAACAUGUAUAGAGACCGCUGUGACACUUACACUGUGAAGUAUCCUCUGGGAUUCAUGUUUGAUGACUGCAGGGAAACAAAUCACAUAAAGAUUAAAAAAGAAACAUUAUAAGGAAAAAUGCAGCAGUGAAGUUCAUAUAUGCAUAAAAAAGAGAUAAAAAGACAGCUUGUUUGUUAUUUUUUUCAUUUCAUUUUGCAUUGGCAGAGCUGUAAAUAAGGUGUGUGACUGUUUGUGAAUUUUUAAUACAAAUAA